GAUCGUGGUCGGCGUGUUUAAGUGCGUUUUCUGUGGAAACAAGUGGUCGAUCUGCAAAAAACAUGGUCAUUAAGGAGGUCACCAGCAUCGCAAUGGAAACAAACGACAUAGUGGACCAGGCUGGCGACAGCCACGACGCGGAUGAAACGUCGGGCAAGACGCAAAUCAUUGCCCAGGAAAUCAAGUUUGCCCGUGUCCUUGCCGGUAACGACCCGAAACUGCGGCGGAAGGUGCUGAAGAAUCUUGAAACAUGGCUCACCACCCGCAGCCAGAGCACCUUCGCAUUCAGCGAUGCCGACUUCCUGCGCCUGUGGAAGGGUUUGUUCUACUGCAUGUGGAUGUCGGACAAACCGUUGGUCCAGGAAGAGCUGGCGGAAUCGCUCGGGUCGCUGGUAAGUUGUUUCAAGCACGGCGUCCCGAUCGCACUGCAGUUCUUCAAGGCGUUCCUGAUCACGAUGGGCAUCGAAUGGUACGGCAUCGACCGUUGGCGAAUCGACAAAUUCAUGAUGCUUGUGCGCCGUGUGACGCGUCGAAUACUGUUCGUGGUGCACGAGAAUGGCUGGCAAACGGAACAUGUCGGAUUGUUCGUGAAGAUCCUAGAGUCAACUAUCCUGAACUCUGAUGCGGCACCGUUCGGUCUGUCGAAUCACUUCAACGAUAUGUUACUGGAAGAGGUGGCGAAAGUGAGCGAAGGCGAUGUUCCGACCGGUGUGGUCACGCAGCUGGUCGACCCGUACGUGAAGUACAUGUUCCAGUGUACCGACCAAACGAUUAGUGGUGCAGUCGCUAAGAACAUCUUUAAUGCCCUGCUCCACCAGUCGGAUCUUGGCUUGGCGUACGAAGAGAAGUUUGACCUCUGGAAGCGUACAAACUUUGUAGAAAAUCAUAUCGAUAAGGUGCAAUUUGACGUCGAAUAUGAGUACGAGGACGAGGAGGAAGAAGAGGGCCGGCAGGACGAGAAUGGAACCGAGACCAACGACAAAGAAACAAAAGUUUACGACCCACGUGCCGGGCGGGUUAACGUCGACAUCCCACAGAUCGAGUUUGAUGCGCCGGAGAUUGUUGCACUGUUUGACAAGUACAGAUAUAAAUCAUUUUGCACGAAGAUUGGCAAGAAGAGUGCCGCGAUGGUGGAGAACCAGUUUAAGAAGUACGCUGCAGGAAUUUAUCCACUGGGUGUCCAUCGUAUGCCAAACGUGAAUGCGAAAAAAUACGCAAUAGACGUUGACCAGCAAGUGGAAGAGAUUGAGCAUUUCCGUGAGGAGCUGUACGGUGAGCGAACGCCAAAAACUUGGAAAGAGAAAAAGCGUGCACGAAGACUGGAGAAGAAACUUGCCAACCAGAAACAGCUAGCCAACGGUCAACAGGCAGCGAACGAAGAUGGAACCGAUGGAAUGGAUACUGCAGAAAAUGAGACGAAAACACCGACAUCUCCACAGAAAGCAGAAGCAAAGGUUCCCAAGAAGAAAAAAACCCGAAAGCUUAGUCCGGCAGAAUUAAAGAAGCAGAACAAACUGGAAGUCCUGAAGCGCAAGAAACAGGAAAAACUUAAAUUGCUUAAAGAACGGCUCAAGAAUAAUCGUGACGCUCCAAAAGAAACGAAAACCGCAAACCCGGUUAGCGAGAAUGAAGCUAAUCAGACGAAGGCGACCGAGAAAGUGGCAAGCGUCGUUAAGCCGUCGUCGGAACCAGCGGAUCAAGUACUGAUUGCAAAAUCGCCCACCAUCAAGCACAAAAAGUCAAAAACACUGGAACAAUCGGUCCUGAAAAAAAGUGACAAACGCGCGUUUCAAACGGCCGACGAUUGGACGGAGCCGGUUACCGAGUCUGGAGAAGAAGUACGUUUCGCACCUUCCCGCACACUGCAGAAACUCACGAAAAAGGCGUUGUCAGCCCCGACAACACCAGCAAGCGUAAGUAAAAAGCCCUCGCUCAAACGGAUGCCGUCAACCGCACCAUCGACACCGGCAACGGCCGGGGACGAACCGAUGACACCGGCGAGAAAGCGUGUCAAGAUUGCCCUAAGCAAAAACGUUGCUCAAGAGUUAGUCGAGCACGUGCGACAGGUUAAAAGCUCGCCCCAGUUGCCAUUCGAUUCGGCAAAGAAGCCCAUGAAGAGCUUGCUGAAACCGAACCUCAUACCAAGCCCCGUCAAUCCGUUCUACAAGAAGAAGCUGGCCCUCAAGUAAUGCGUGUGUCAACACUAACUUUGGUACUUUUUUUUAAAUCGGAACGAGUUAACUGUGUGA